AUGGACUGAUGUUAAGUCGGUGAAACGGACUACCUAAAUUUCUCCUCACGUGCACUUUAUUUCGCUUUGCAAACCGGGAAUUGUUUUGCCCCAUGUUUUUCUUCUGCCAAAUCACAGCCUUUACUCCUUUAAAUACCAUUCCUUAUCAAUUCAUAUCAUUUCAUACCACCAUCUAUUCAAUUCCAUCAAAUUUGCCCUCUGUUUUGCUUCGAGAUGUCUCAACCCCAGCUCUUCACCAUCGAUUUCUUGGGAAUUGGAAGUGAUCAGAAUGGCAGCCCCCAACUUCUGCACAGUCGAUCUAUGCAGUCAUGCCUGGGAAACAUAAAACCCCAUAUGCUGCAACAAGUGCCCUCACACGGACUUUUGAGCGAUUCAGAAAUUUUUCACAGAGAAGGUCAGAUUAGGGUUUGUGAAGGAAUUAAGACCCUGGAUCUGUUUCCGCAGCAUCCUCUAGGGUUUCAAUCCAAUGGUAAACAGGGCAUGAGCGAAUCGGCUUUGUUGGAUACACAAAUUGAAAUUUCUGAAGCUGUUACAACCAAUCCAGCAAUUUUGUACAAUUAUCCAAGGCAAAGUGUUUCAAAUUCAGAAGAAUCCACAGAAGGGGGAAAGCAAAGGCACGCUGUUGAAACAUCAAAUGCCAAUCUUCCGAUGGCUAAGAGAUUAUCCCUUCAACGAUUUCUGCAGAAACGGAAAGAGAGACUGAGCAGAGUCAUUCCCUACGUGACGUCAUCUAAGUAAAAAGGAAUCUGAAAUUGUUUACUUUGUAAAUGGGAAAGCAAAAGAAAGUAGGUGGUUUGUGCUUAUCCGGGAGCAACUUUCGAGGAAGCGGAGAUAGUGGAGUACCAUAUGUUCCCACGUGCUUUGACCAAUUCACGCGUCUCAAUGUUAUUGAGAAUCUGAUCGCAUUGGAAUCAAGGGAGAAAAAUAUGUUUAAAAUCACGAGGCCGGCAUUUGUGAUUGGGCAGUGUAAAAUACAAGUCUUCUCCAGAUAUUCAAUCAGAAUUAUAUUCCUCAAAAAAAUGUUCUCUCAUGUGUUUACAUAUUUGCAAACAUUUUUUUUAUCCAUGGCCUAAUUAAGAUUAUGUUCAAAUUUGCACA